AUGUCAAUUCCAGCCGCCUCCAACUCCGAGAAGCCACCGCAAGAAGACAGUUAUCGGCCAUCGACAGGUCUUUCUUCAUUGCCAGACGAUGUUGUUUUGAACUGCUUAAUCCGCGUUCCCAGAAGCGAUGACCUAAGCAUCUCUUGCGUCUCCAAAACCCUAAGGUCACUCGUGCGAUCGCCUGAGUUCUGCCGUCUGCGAUCUCGUCUCCCCAAGAAGUCCGUCUAUCUCUUCUACUCUUUCCGCCAAGACCCCGAGAGUUUUCACUGGAUCACUCUGCGUCGGGGCGACAAGACUACUCAUCAUGACUAUCAGUGGGAUCAGAGAACUUGUUCAUGGGCGAAUCUCUUGAUCUUUUCUCAUUCUUUUAUGAAAUUUUCAUCUGCGGUCUCGGUGGGGUCAGAGAUCUAUUUCCUUCACGGAUGUCCUUGGCCGGGCAGGAACCUAUGGUUCUUUGAUACUCGAUCGGGUACUCUACAGAUGGGUCCAAGCAUGAAAAAUGCUAGGUUGGCACAGGAAGAAGCAGUGGGAGUGGUCGAUGGGAAGAUAUACGUAAUUGGAGGAAGUGUUGAUGAGAGCCAAGUGGAAGUAUUCGAUCCAGAAACACAAACCUGGGAGUUCGCAGCCGAGGAGAAAGUGCAAUGCAAGUCGCGGUUUAGUGCGUCGCUGGAGCACAAGGUUUACAUGGUGGACUCGCUACAUGGGAGAAUCAGUGCGUAUACUCCGAGAGAAGGUAUAAGCAACGAGGCGACAGAGAGUCAAAGUGAUAAAAUGAAUUGCUUUUGUGUGGUAGAGAAUGUGAUAUAUGCUUGUUUUAAGUCGAGUGGGUUAAUGUGGUUUGACACAAAGCUAAAGCUUUGGAGAAGAUUGGUUGAUUCUGAUGGGAAGGUAAUAUUCUAUUCCUUUAAUGCUGAAAAAAUGGCGGAGUACGAGGGGAAGUUAGCUGUUUUCUGGUCACAGAUUAAUACUGAUCAUGCUCUGAUGAAGAUGGAUAUUAGGUGUAGAAUGAUCGCAUUGGAUAGGGUAGGAGAGGAGAUUCGUGGGAAGAUUGAGUGGUCUGGUAUUAUGGCCACAUGUUCGUAUGACAUUACUUUAAGACAUUGUUUAGUUGUGUCUGCAGAUUGAUCCACUCAUCAUACGAUUUAACGUACUAAACUAUUUUUUCAUGCGCACAAGCUGUAGAACUUUC